CCCGCUGCCACUGGAGGCGCAGUUCCGGUUAGGCGGCAGUAUUUGUUUACGUUGUUCACAGUUCCAGUGGCCGCCGGCCCCAGCUUAGGCUUCAAGAUGGGGAAGUCUUUUGCCAAUUUCAUGUGCAAGAAGGACUUUCAUCCCGCCUCCAAAUCCAAUAUCAAGAAAGUAUGGAUGGCAGAGCAGAAAAUAUCAUAUGAUAAGAAGAAACAAGAAGAAUUAAUGCAACAAUAUCUUAAAGAACAAGAAUCAUAUGACAAUAGGUUGCUUAUGGGAGAUGAGCGUGUAAAGAAUGGCCUUAAUUUCAUGUACGAGGCCCCACCAGGAGCUAAAAAAGAAAACAAAGAGAAAGAAGAAACAGAAGGAGAGACUGAAUACAAAUUUGAAUGGCAGAAAGGAGCUCCAAGGGAAAAAUAUGCCAAAGAUGACAUGAACAUCAGAGAUCAGCCCUUUGGUAUUCAGGUUCGAAAUGUGAGGUGCAUUAAAUGUCACAAAUGGGGUCAUGUCAACACAGAUCGAGAAUGUCCUUUGUUUGGUCUUUCUGGAAUAAAUGCAAGUUCAGUUCCCACUGAUGGCUCAGGGCCAUCGAUGCACCCCUCGGAGCUAAUAGCGGAGAUGAGAAACAGUGGGUUUGCACUGAAACGAAAUGUACUGGGGAGAAACUUGACCGCAAAUGAUCCAUCACAGGAAUAUGUUGCAAGUGAGGGUGAAGAAGAUCCAGAAGUCGAAUUUUUAAAAUCACUAACAACCAAACAAAAACAGAAACUUCUCAGGAAAUUGGAUCGGCUUGAGAAGAAAAAAAAGAAAAAGAAAAAAGACAGAAAAAAGAAAAAACUUCAGAAGAGCAGAAGUAAACACAGAAAACAUAAAAAUAAAUCCCCCUCCUCCUCCUCUUCCUCCUCCUCCUCCUCCUCCUCCUCCUCCAGUGAGACUUCAGAAAGCAGCAGUGAGAGUGACAGCAAAGAAAGGAAAAUACAAAAGAAGAAAAGAAAGAAAAGUAAGUGUUCGGGGAAUAGCAACAGUGAUUCCGAAGAGAAGGACAAGUCUAAGAAGAGAAAACUUUAUGAAGAACUUUCUAGCAGUCACCAUAACAAGGACAAAGCCAAGGAAAAGCCUAGGUUUUUAAAACAAGAGAGUUCUAGAGAGAAUAGCAAAUGGAGCCAUGCUGAUUCCGACAGAAAGUCCAGAAGCCAUAACCAGAGCCCAGAGAAGAGAAGAUCUGCAAGAAACGAGAGGAGCAGCAGGAGUCAGAGCAGGGACGAGAGGGGUAGGAGCAGCCGGAGCAGAAGUCACGGUAGUUACCAGCAAAGAGAAAUAAGAAAACGGCCACAGCGAAGUCCCAGCGAAGAGCGGGAUGGAAGAAAUGGCCCCAGAAGCCACGGCACAGAUGCCUACAGAGGAGGAAAACCGCACAGGGAGAACCCAGGAGAUAAGCGUGCCGGAGUGACACAAAGAGAACGAAGCAGAAGUAGAGAGAAUAAAGAGAGACUGUACGUGACAAUUACCUGGGAAUAAAAAUAUCUCUGCUCACUUAUUAAAUACCUGUGGCAAGGGCUAAAUUACAUACUAUUGUCUUUCUAAUAAAAAAGCUUUGUUUUCAUUUUCCAUCCCUGAAAACUGGCAUAUCAAAUACAAAAACUACAUGAGUCCUACAGGAGUGAACUUUGCAAAUAUUUGUAAGUAAUCUCUUUUGGGGCUGUAAAAAUAUUUUCUGUGGAGAAAUGUCUCUUGUGCCCUCUACUAGAUAAAAACCCCUCUAACUCUGUGGCAUUUUCUUUUUUCUGAAACAUCAUUAAAAGAAUGGCAAUACACUGAA